AUGAAUAUUGUUACCUUCAACGCAAGAGGAUGUUGUAGUUCCGUGAAGAGAAGGAGAAUAUCCCAAGUUCUCCUGAGAGGCAAAGCUGAUAUUAGCAUGAUUCAGGAAACUAAGUGUAAUAAGAUGGAAGCUGGUUUUGUUAACAGCAUGUGGAGUACUGUUGAUAAGAACUGGUCUGCUCAGAACUCAGUAGGCAAUUCAGGUGGCAUCCUUUCUAUGUGGAACACUACCAGAAUCUCAGCUUUCUCAAGCUUCAGUGGGAAAGGUUUUCUUGGCCUGCAUUUAGUUUGGAAUAAUCACAAUCUGGUCGUUAUUAACGUAUACGCUCCGUGUAAUCCAGCAGAUAAGAGGAGGCUAUGGAGAGACUUGAUCAAUAUUAAAAGCAAUUUCCAUGAUGCAGGCUGGAUUUUGGGGGUGAUUUCAACUCGGUGA